AUGUCGAUCAAAUCAUCCUCAAAAUCAACUGGAAAAGCUCAAGCAGCUUUACAAGAACUUUAUAAUUCCUAUCUCUCAGAUACUCCUACUUCAUUAUUACUCAUAGAUUCCUUUUUGGGUUUCUUAAUAAUUUCAGCUGUGCUUCAGUUCACUUAUUGUAUAGCCUUAACCGAUUUCCCAUUCAAUGCUUUCCUUGGGUCUUUCCUCGCCCACGUCGGUCAAUUUGUUUUGGGUGCAAGUUUGAGAAGUCAAGUGAAUCCUAAAAAUGCAGCUGAAUUUGAAUCAGUUACACCUGAGAGAGCUUUUGCGGAUUUCGUUUUCGGUUCUUUAGUUCUUCAUUUCUUUGCUUUCAAUUUCCUAGGAUAG